AUGCUUGCCAACAUCCUCAGCAUCUUCACCCUGGCCACUGCUGCCACCGCCGUCACCGUCUCCUACGACACCGGCUACGAUGAUGCCGGCCGCUCCAUGACGUCCGUCUCGUGCUCCGACGGCAACAACGGCCUCAUCAACCGCUACGGCUACCAGACCCAGGGCGCCAUCCCCCACUUCCCCCACGUCGGCGGCGCCGCCCAGAUCGCCGGCUGGAACUCCGCGAGCUGCGGAACUUGCUGGCAGCUGAGCUACGGUGGCCGCACCAUCAACGUCCUGGCCAUCGACCACGCCGCCUCCGGCUUCAACAUCGCCCAGGCCGCCAUGAACGAGCUCACCAACGGCCAGGCCGCCGCCCUCGGCCGCGUCGAGGCAACCGCCGUCCAGGUUGCUGCCUCCGACUGCGGUCUGCCAUAA